AUGGCAUCUGAAUCAACUCCAAGCAUCACUGCCCCUUUCUCUCCCGAAAUUGAAGCAGAAAGAUGGAAAGAUCUCGAUUACAUUCUCAAACGAUCAGGUCCAUUUGCUCCAGAGGAUUUCCAAGCAGGAGAAGAAACCAAACAAUUUUUACAAGAUACCUGUAAAGUUUUGAUUAUUGGAGCUGGUGGUCUUGGAUGCGAUCUCGUCAAAAACUUGGCAAUGAGUGGAUUCCGUUCAAUUGAUAUCAUUGAUAUGGACACGAUCAGUACUAGCAAUUUGAACAGACAAUUUUUGUUCCGUGAUGGUGAUGUAGGAAAGAUGAAGGCUGAAGUUGCUGCCAAGUUUGUGAAUGAGCGUGUGGCUGGUGUAAAAGUAACACCACACAUUUGUGCCAUUCAAGAGAAGGACAAGGACUUUUACAGACAAUUCGGAAUCGUGAUUGCCGGUUUGGAUUCAAUUCCAGCCCGUAGAUGGAUCAACUCAACUCUUCUCUCCUUCAUUCAAUACAAUGAUGAAGCAAAGACUGAGGUGGAUAUGAGUUCAAUGAUCCCAUUGGUUGAUGGUGGUACUGAAGGAUUCAAAGGUCAAUCAAGAGUCAUUUUGCCAGGUGUUACAGCUUGUUAUGAAUGUACUUUAGAUUUGUUCCCUACCGAUGAGACAAAUUAUCCAAUGUGUACUUUGAAGACAACUCCUCGUUUGCCUGAACAUUGUAUUCAAUAUUGUUAUAUUGAAGAAUGGCGUAACACAAAGGGAAAGGAAGGCAUCGCCGAUGAUGAACAAGUUGAUGGAGAUAAUCCAAGACAUGUUCAAUGGAUCUAUGAAAAAUCAGUAGAACGUGCAAAGAACUUUGGUAUUGCUGGUGUUACUUAUCGUUUAACACAAGGUGUCAUCAAGGGUAUCAUUCCUGCAAUUGCAUCAACUAAUGCUAUUAUUGCUUCAUCAUGCACAAACGAAGCCUUCAAAUUGGCCACUUUCUGUCUUCCAUUCUUGGAUGACUACAUGAUGUACAACGGAAGUGAAGGAAUUUACACUUUCACCUACAAGAACAUGAAGAAGGAAGGAUGUUUACAAUGUGGUCCUGAUGGUAUCGCAAAAACAAUUAAUUGUUCUGCUGACAUUACAUUGAACGACUUCAGAGAUUUAUUAAGAACUGACAAAUCUAUUCAAUUCAACAAUUCAUCAUUGCGUGAUUUGACAAAUGAAAAGACGCUCUAUUUCACCAAACCAGCCACAUUGAGACAAAUGACAGAACCAAACUUGAACAAGAAGCUCAAAGAAUUGUUCAGCACUGGUACAGAACUCUACGCCACUGACACUGAAGUUAUUGCUGAUCGUGGUGUUACUUUGAUCGUCAAUUUUACAGACUAA